AUGAUCGGCUACCCUGAUCCCACGGAUCAGGAUUUCGAGCAACCCAGAGAGCUUUGGCACAUCAUCUACAAAGAUAAAGAUGGCGAGACGCAAUUCCUCGACAACAUAAUUCCGACGAUGAAGGAGAUCCCGAGUAAUCUACAGGAGCAAGUUUUGAAGUACUUUGGCCGAGUCGAGAAGAGUUUGGAGGAUGCAAUGAGGGAACGACUCAACAGCCGCAAGUGA